AGCCCUGGUAGAAUGAAAACAAGAUCGCAGUGUCUGGAACCCAGAUUUGCUGCAGAUUCUGAAAUCCUCCGGAUAAGUAGCCUCCCCCGGCUCCCCUGCCUGUGGUAGCUUUAUCUCCUCUGGCAUCACUGGCAAGGAUCCCCCUUUUCCCUGGCCCCUAUACCGCCGGGCGGCCUUGCUGCGAGCGAGGCAGCUGCAGCUUUUGGUAGCCUUGUCUGGGGUGAGAUGUGGAGGCACUGAGGGCGGAUGCAAAUCUGCCAGGGGAGGUUUUACGGCCGGGUGGGGUUGGCAAAGGGUUUGGAAGAGCUCUCUUGGGAGCCUAGUACCUGCCCUCGGGCAGCGCGCUGGAGCCUCAAGAGGGGCUGUCGCUGGGUGGUGCAAAAGUUUCCUUGAGGCAAAGAGGAUAAAUUGUCCCUCCUUUCUGUGGGAGGAUGCUCCGUGAAGACUUGUGGGCAUUGACACUGUGGUUUUUUUAUUUUAAUAGAAGUACAGUUGAUUUAUUGAUACAAUGUUGUGUUAAUUUAUACAGUAGAGCAAAGUGAUGCAGUGAUACAUAUAGAUACGUUCUUUUUCAUAUUCUUUUCCGUUCUGGUUUAUCCCAGGAUAUUGAAUGUAGUUCCCUGUUCUACACAGUAGGACCGUGUUGUUUAUCCAUCGUAUAUGUAAUAGUUUGCAUCUGCCAGUCGCAAACUGCCGCUCCGUCCCUCCCCUGCCCCCCCCCGCCCCGCCCUCUUGGCAACCACAAGUCUGUUCUCUAUGUCUGCGAGUCUGCUUCUGUUCCGUAGGUAAGUUCAUUGGUGACACCGGUUUUAACUGCAGCGCCAGGAGGGGCUACAGUUGAGCUGGGUGAGGCUCCAGGGAUGGGGCCUGGCCACUUCCCAAAAGUGAGAGACAAAUGACGCUUCUCCUUGUUCCUUGUGGGGAAGCCGGCCUGUUGGCUUUGUUUGCUGGUCUCAAGCUUCACAGUGCCUGCCCAGUGCCUGAGGCCCCAGAGCAGAUGGCUGGACUGGGGAGGGAGCCCUGAGGGUUCCAUCCCCCCGCAAGUCAUUUGUGUGUCCGCCCCCCUCCCCCCACCUUCUGCAGCCAAAUCUCUUCUCUGACAGAUUGUCCCGUGGCUGCCACUGUGCCACUUCAGACACUCCAUCUUCCUCCCUGGCAAGACCCUUUUAUUUGGGGUUGGGAAGUGUGGCAGUUUCUGGGUUUUGUUUCUAGCCUGCUGGCACAUGGAACCCUUUUGAAUAAUUACCUUCACGGCGCAGAAGGGGUUUUUGCUCCUGGUAGAGGUAGGCGGGCACACUGCGGAGCCCUAACCCCACCAGACAGAGGAGGUGACGGGGGAGCUAGGGCUUGGCCUCGCCGUGGGACUCUGCAGUAGGACUCACUUUAGGGAUCUUUCAAUAAUAAGCUCAUUUAAGCAGAGCUUAUCUCACAUACAACUAUUCUAAGUAUACACGGCGUAUAUAAGUUUGAAACUACUUAGCGGAUUACGACUAGUUCCAGAAACCAGCCCCGGCCCUAAGAGAUGAUUUGUCACCGGUGGGUCUAUUCUCAACAUUCUGCUUUGGGCUCCCAAGUGAAUUUUCAAAGAGGAGUUCCAAAAAUGAUUUGGCAACAGCGAUGUUACAUGCAUAUUUAGUUUUCCAAUAUGAGCACUUUUGUUAGACUAUUUAGAAAUAGCCAACACUUCCUUUUUUUUUUUUAAGUUAUUUAUUUAUUUUUGGCUGCAUUGGGUUUUUGUUGCUGCGUGCGGGCGUUCUCUAGUUGAGGAGAGCAGGGGCUACUCUUCGAUGCGGUGCGCGGGCUUCUCAUUGCGGUGGCUUCCCUUGUUGCGGAGCACGGGCUCUAGGCGCGUGGACUUCAGUAGUUGUGGAGCGUGGGCUCAGUAGUUGUGGCGCAGGGGCUUAGCUGCUCUGCAGCAUGCGGGAUCUUCCCCGACCAGGGCUCGAACCUGUGUCCCCUGCGUUGGCAGGCGGAUUCUUAACCACUGCGCCACCAGGGAGGUCCCUAGAAAUAACCAAUACUCCCUUUGAUGUACAGUUCUGAUGUGAUUGGCACAAAGAAGCAAACCCAAAAUGUAGAAUGGGCAUUGACAACGUGGACAUGCUUCUGAAGAUUCUAUCUGAACAUUAUCCUCCUACAGAGGUACAGACCUUCAUUCAUUCGCUCAUCCAUCUGUCCAUUUAUCCAGUAAACAAACAGCCAUAUCAGAGAAAAAUGGAGAAAAAUUGUUUUCUAAGUUCUGUGAUCAAACUUUGGAGUGUGCUUUCUCAGGGUGAGAGAACUCAGAAGCCCCUACCUCGCACCCUAAUCCUUAGCAAGUGCUCAGAAAGCCUGCAGGGUAAUAACUGCAUUUGAUGUACCUCUGGAUCUUUCCGAAAUUACGUGUUUUUUCAUGGUUUCUUACAACCCACACGGCAAAGAGGCUAAAAAGGGCCGUCAUCUAAGACUGUCUUUGUCCCUGUUUCUGGUAUCUUGCCACAAAGCAGGCAGUUGGUCAGAAAGCAAUUAGCGGUGCUUGACUUAAUGAGCACUGAUGCAUUUUUUCAGUGGGGUAGGAGGGCAGCCGUGGAGCCCUGUGGAGCCCGAGGCUGCCUGGUGGGCUCGAAUUACUCAUCCUGGUUAAUAUCUUCUAAAAUGAUAUCAUUCUCCACAAUUUGAGGUCCAGAUAGUAAAAUGUAGGCUGAUAAUAUAUGCUGAUCUUCAGUACAAGCCGGUAGAAGGAAUUGCUUGGCUAGUAAAAUCUUUUUAUUUUUAAUUUAGUUUAAUUUUUAUCAAGUAAUGUAUGUACAUGGUCAGAAAGUCAGUGGUAGGAUUAAGCUUUUAAUGAAAAACAGCAUAUUCCUGCUCCCUCCUUCUCCAUUUCUGACAGUACCUAAGGGCAAAUGCUUUCAAUUCUUUUUGCUGUUUCUUCUACUUAUUUACCUCCUUGUUCCUAAAUAACACACUUGCAUUUCCAUUUCUUGAUUUCUGUUUUAGAUUAUUUGGAUUAUUUAUUCCUGCCAUAAAAAAUCCCCAACUCUUUACUCAUACAAUGAAUUUCCCUACCCCCGUCCCUCUCAUCAUAGUUACCAUCCUUUCUGUCAAAUCAGUGGUCAGUGUUUGCAUUAUUAUAACUAUGUAAAUAGUACCAAAAGCUGAGCCAGGCACUAUUCUCUGCUGGCCUCCUCUUUCUUUCUUUAUUUUUUUUUUUUGUACCCAUGUGCCCCAAAGCAACAAGAACAUUUUCAGCGAGUGAUUUGGAGAGUAGAUUUUUCUGCCUUCAUUCAGAAUGUUUUCUGGCUCCUAAUUUACUGGCUGCUUUUUUCAUAUACAAAUCCUUAUCUACUCUUUCUGGUCCAACUCAAAUGUCAUACUUUUUUUUUUUUUAAAUUCUAUUUAUUUAUUUUUGGCCGCGUUGGGUCUUCGCUGCUGUGCGUGGGCUUUCUCUAGUUGCGGCGAGUGGGGGCUAGUCUUUGUUGCAGUGCGCGGGCUUCUCAUCGCGGUGGCUUCUCAUUGCGGAGCACGGGCUCUAGGCGUGCGGGCUUCAGUAGUUGUGGCAUGUGGGCUCAGUAGUUGUGGCUCACGGGCUCUAGAGCGCAGGCUCAGUAGUUGUGGCACACGGGCUUAGUUGCUCCGCGGCAUGUGGGAUCUUCCCAGACCAGGGGUCGAACCCGUGUCCCCUGCAGCCUUUUGUUUUCCAUGGAGUUAAUGAUUACCUCUUUCAAAAACAAAACAACUUGCUUACUUGUCUAUGUAACUAUCCACAGUUCGUCUCCUAAUUCUAAUAGAGUUGAAAAUCUUCUCUAUGAAUUUAUUCAACAUAUUGGUUCCAUUUUGGGGUGAGGGCUUGGAGCCAUCCUUCCUGGAUCACUUCGUCCUUAUGCUCAGUCUGGACCAGCUGCCCUCUAAGUCUUCUGUAUGACUCUUCUCUCAGGACUUCUCUUCACCGUCAUCCUGAGGAUUUUCUUUCUUGCUUUCAACAUUAGUUUUCCAUUCCCUCUCUCUCGCUCUGUGUCUGGCUUACUUUUUUGUCUUAGUGGAGCGUCUCCUCCAGGAGCUUCUUGAGAAGGAUAUGUGGUAGCCAGUCUCAAAGACAACCCUCAGUAAACCCCGUCUCCUGGUGUCCUCCCACAUCGUACCAGAAUUGGUCUGUGUGACCAGUGGAACUCAACCAAAGUGAUGGUACAUCACUUCAGGGAUUAAGGGAUAAAAGACACUGUGGCUUCUGACUCUCCAGCUUGCUCUCUCCUCUCUCUCCUCUCCCCUUCGUCCUCCUGGUUCCCUUCCUUCUCCUCCCCCCCACCCACCCCAUCUACCAUGAGAUCAUCCCUUCUGAGGAAAGCCAGUUGCUGUGUUGUAAGCAGUCCUACAAUGGUGAGCAACUGGGACCUCCAGCCAACAACCACAUGAAUGAGCUUGGCCAUGGAUCCUCCAGCCCCAGCCUCAGAGGACUGCAGGUUUGGCUGACACUGUAAUGUCUCCCUCAUGAGAAGCCCCCAGCCAGUGCCACCCAGCUAAACACUCUCAAAUUCCUGACAUACAGAACAUGGGAGAUAAUAAGUGUCCAUUGUUUUAAGCCACGAAAAGUUGGGUGAUUGGUUAUGUGGCAAUAGAUAUGACCAUGGUAAAUUUUUUGACACUGGGCUUAUCUGAAAAUGUCUUUCUUAUGUCUUUACAUUCAGCUGAUGAUUUGACUGUGUGUGGAAACCUCCUCCCUCUGAACUGUGAAGGCAUUCGUCCAUCGUAUCCUGGCUUCCAGUGUGGACGUUGAUGUGUGCAAUGCCUUUCCUUUCCCUGUAAUCUGUUUGAAUCCUCUCUUCAUUGCAGGUGUUAUGACAUUUCACAAGGCUAUGCCUUGGUGCGAAUCACUCUUUUAUCAUUGGUUGUGUUUGGCAUUCAGUGGGCUUAAUCUAUAAUCUGGAAACUUGUGUCCCCUAUUUUUGAAAGAUACUGUUAAUGCUAGUUUUUUGAAGACUUUUCCACUUCUGUUGUCACUGGUCCCUCUUUCUGUCAUAUUAUUCAGAGAGACCAUUUCUCCAAUUCCCUUUUUUCUUUUCUAUCUCUUUGUUGUUUUUGUUUUAUUUUCUGAGUGAUCUUUUAUCUUCUAACGCUUCUAUUGACUUUUUAUUUCAACGGUUGUAUUUUUAAUUCCUAAAAGCUUGUUCUAGUCUAUAUACACUCUCUCUAUAGCUUUCUACUGUUGUUUCAUGGAUGUAAUAUUUUGGUCGCAAAUUUCUAAGGAUUUUACUAAUUUUAGUUUCCUUCUACUUCUUGCUUAUCUGUUUCUUUCAGCUUCCUUUAUCUGUUUUUAUCUUUCUGCAGAUGUCCUUGGCGAUCCUUGAUUGGCUGUAUUUGAGAGUGAAGUGCUAUAACGUGUAUUGGAGGGUCUUUGCACACAGGUGUGGCUGUUGACUGGUGGACUCACUGUAGGAUUAUCAGCUGUAUCCAGCAUGCUCCAAGGCCACAGCCCUGUGUCCCAGGCCUUGCUGGGGACCUUCUUCACCUGGGGGAUGACGGCGGCUGGGGCAGCUCUUGUGUUCGUAUUCUCUAGUGGACAGAGGCGGAUCUUAGAUGGAAGCCUUGGCUUUGCUGCAGGGGUCAUGCUGGCCGCUUCCUAUUGGUCGCUCCUGGCCCCAGCGGUGGAGAUGGCUACGUCCUCUGGUGGCUUUGGUGCCUUGGCCUUUUUCCCUGUGGCUGUCGGCUUCACCCUCGGAGCUGCGUUUGUCUGCCUGGCUGACCUCCUCAUGCCUCACCGGGGUGCAGCAGAAGACCCCCAGAUGGCCCUGGCACUGAAUCUCGACCCUGCGUUGAUGAAGAAGUCUGAUGCUGAGGGUCCCAGGCCGUUCUUCCCCGAGAGUGAACUUUCCAUCCGGAUAGACAAGAGUGAGAAUGGCGAGGCAUAUCAGCGGAAGAAGGCAGUGAGCACCGACCUUCCAGAGGGCCCAGCUGCCCCCGCGCCGUCUCAAGGGAGCCCGGUGCCACCCGGCGGCAGCAGCUGGAGGAGGAUCGUGCUACUCAUCUUGGCCAUCACCAUACACAACAUCCCAGGAAGGGAAGAAGAUGGGGAGGAGACUGGAGGGUUCAUGGAUGAGAAUUUAAGUCACAUGGAAAGCCUUUCCACAGAGGGUCUUGCUGUUGGAGUUGGAUUUGGGGCUGUAGAAAAGACGGCAUCUGCUACCUUUGAGAGCGCCAGGAAUUUAGCCAUUGGAAUUGGGAUCCAGAAUUUCCCGGAGGGCCUUGCUGUCAGCCUCCCGCUGCGAGGGGCUGGAUUCUCCACCUGGAAAGCCUUCUGGUACGGGCAGCUCAGCGGCAUGGUGGAGCCUCUGGCCGGGGUCUUUGGUGCCUUUGCCAUGGUGCUGGCGGAGCCCAUCCUGCCCUAUGCUCUGGCCUUUGCUGCCGGCGCCAUGGUCUAUGUGAUCAUGGAUGACAUCAUUCCCGAAGCCCACAUCAGUGGUAACGGGAAACUGGCGUCCUGGGCCUCCAUCCUGGGUUUUGUGGUGAUGAUGUCGUUGGAUGUUGGUCUGGGCUAGUUGCUGAAGUGCCUCGGACCCCGGGAAAGGCAGCACGAGGAAACGGCCGGGAUUGGCUUCUUCAGGACCACAGCCUCUUUCUUCACAUCAAAACGUUUUUCCUUUCUCUCCUUUUUGUCUCAUUACGCUGAUUGACUCUGAUCAUGACAAUUUUUAGUUUUCUUUUAAGGGAGAUGGUGGUUUUAUUUGGAAUUUCUGGUAGUCACAGAACUACAGAUAUUUGCUUGGCCACUACAUGGACUCUUUCUUCGGUGGGAAAACCAAGGACCUACAGAUCAGGGAAGUCUCUGCUUUUGCACCUUUGGUCUCCCUCACUGGACUCAGUGGCAACUCCUCAAGGUCACCUACAGAAGCAAGCUACCAAGAGAGAAGUCUCCCAAGCAUCUUUGCCUAGUGACUCAGAGCAGAGUGGCCAGGACAGCUCUUGUCUGUCCUUCCCGAUCUUUUACCGUUGAUCCUCUGUCCAUCAAGACUCGAAAAGGAGCAUCGUGGACAAAGCAACCUACUUCCCAAGGCCCAAGGAGGAACAUACCUUCUUCUGCCUCCCCCGAGGGGGAGGCUGCAUGGGGUGAGACACAGACAAAGGGAAGAAAAGCAGCUAGUCUUUCUCUUUUUUUAAGGCAAAGAUUGACACUAUUGAAAUUAAGGGAAUUAGGACAACUGUGAACACACAGUGAACCCUGUGAAAAGAGGACAGGGUGGAGCUUUGAUCAGAGACCUCUGCUCUCUCUGGAUUCCAAGAGCAAACCGGUUUGCCAUGGUUUCCAAGUCCCCUAGACAUGUGUUUUGAUAAGCUUAUAGGCUUCAUUUUUCUAAGAGACUUGGGGACACCAGCAAACUGCUAGAACUCAACCCCUUCCUUUACUUAUGGAGGGAGCCACUUAAGCUCAUUUAAGUGAGCGAAAGACAUUUGGAAUCUGCACUGGGUCCUUCUCUGUUGACUAUUCGGUAACUUAUAACCUGACCCAGAGCUCUUAAGCUGCUGUGUUGGGUUUUGGCCAGAGAGCUCAGGAUAAGAAAGGAAAAGCGGUAGGAAAAGAAGAGGUAUUUUUAACAUUUCCCUUUUAAAGUAAAUUUGAGACAAGUCAUCAUUCUAAAAUGACCCUAAAGAAUGACUUGAACGAGACUACUCCCUUAUCCACACAGCUGCUCCAUCAGGGGUGACAUAACUUGUCUGCUUCCAGCAUAGCUAAGGCUUGCCGUCCUCACUGGUCAUCGGAGCCUUUGGGACCUUGAGUGGGCGCUGCUGACAAGGCAGGCAGCCCAGGAGGCAGGUAUUCAGACACCGUGUGAUCAAUGCCUGCCCUGCGUUUACAUGUGUCAUUGCUGCCAAGGGUGAAUACUCUGUUCUGGGAAUGCCCUAUAACCCUACGCUAGAUCUAUGUUCGUUCCUCCGGAGCACUGAUGAUCACAAUUGAAGACACAUUCAGAGGUUUGAUUGGUGGAGGUUCGUUGGUUUGGUGGUUGGCAUAUGGGUAUUUUUAUGUCUUUGUAUGUCGUUCUACAUAAUGCAGACUUCUUUCUGAUGGACAAGACCUCAUAACUGUGAUUAAUACCAAUAAAGGGGAUAUUGUUGUGGA